AUGGAGGACAGUUUCGAAGACGAUCGGCUGGCCUCAAUGACCACCGAUGACAUCACCAGGGCCUCUCGCCUCCUCGACAAUGAGAUCCGGAUCCUCAAGAUGAAUCCAGAAGAUGGGACUGAGGAAGAUGGUGUAAAUGUUGAUAUAGACUCGCAAAGAAAGGGAAAAUGUGUUGUUCUAAAAACUUCUACACGGCAAACUAUCUUCCUUCCUGUUGUUGGGUUAGUCGACCCUGAUAAGCUUAAACCUGGAGAUUUGGUUGGGGUUAACAAGGACAGCUACCUAAUCUUGGACACCCUUCCUUCGGAAUAUGACUCACGAGUAAAGGCAAUGGAGGUUGAUGAAAAGCCAACUGAUGAUUACAAUGAUAUUGGUGGCCUUGAGAAGUAG